AUGGCGUCGAGUCUUUUAAUUAUUUGUGCAACACUAGUUUUGCUGUUUAUAUUUACAUAUUUUAAGAAAAAAUAUGAAUAUUUUAAAGAUCGCGGCAUUCCAAAUCCAACACCAUAUUGGCCACUUGGAAAUUUUUGGAAAGUUGGACUUACAGUGCACUUCAUUCAUCGUGUAAAUGAGAUUUAUAAUCGAUUUAAGAAAAGUGGAAAAGUUUGUGGAUUUUAUAUCUUUACUACUCCUGUUUAUGUCGUCACAGACAUUGAUCUGAUUAAGAAUAUUCUCGUAAAGGACUUUGAAUCAUUCCAUGAUCGAGGUCUUUACUAUAACGAAAACAGCGAUCCUUUAUCAGCCCACAUAUUUUCGGUUGCAGGUGAACAUUGGAAAACUCUCAGACAAAAAAUGACAACAACAUUUUCGAGUGGUAAAAUCAAGGGAAUGAUGCCGACAUUAACGAAAAUUUCACAUGAGUUAAUUGAAGUUGUUGGCGAGGCUGCUGAUAAUAAAACACAUGUUAAUUACCGUGAUUUGGCAUCAAGAUUCAUGUGUGAAAUUAUUGGAGAAAUUGCUUUUGGAUUGAAAUGCAAUGCCCUUCGUGAUCCAAAUUGUGAAAUGAUGUUACUGAGCGACUUCCUCAGUUUUAAGGACAUGACACAACGUCUUUCAUACUUUUUUGCCAAUUCUUGUCAAGACUUGUGUCGCACAUUGAAUAUUCAAAUCACACCGAAAAGAAUCCAAGACUUUUUCCUUCGUGUUGUCGACGAAGCUGUUGACUAUCGUGAAAAGAACAAGAUUCGGCGAAAUGACUAUUUCGAUAUGCUGCUUCAAUUGAAGAAUGUCGGUAAACUUGAAGGCGAUGUAACAAAUCAUGGAAAAAUUUCCUACACAGAUCUAACAGCUGCGUGCUUUGUUUUCUUUUUGGCUGGAUUUGAGACGUCAUCGACAGCUCUGUCGUAUGCCCUUUAUGAGUUGGCCAUUAAUCAAGAACUACAGGAUCGAACACGCGAUGAAAUUGAAAAAGUCAUUCAAGAAUAUGAUGGUGAAAUAAGUUAUGAAGCUAUUAUGAAUAUGGAUUUUGCUGACCAUGUAAUUAAUGAGUCUUUGAGGAAGUACACACCCGGUAACAUUCUUAUGCGUCGUUGUACAAAAGAUUACAAAGUUCCCGGUACUGAUUUGACUAUUGAAAAAGGAAAAUAUGUCUUCUUACCCAUGCAUGCGAUUCAUAAUGAUCCACAAUACUUCCCAGAACCAGAGAAAUUCAAUCCUGAUAGAUUUGCACCAGAAGCUGUUAAGGAACGAAAUCCAUUUACAUUCCUUCCAUUCGGAGAAGGUCCAAGAAUUUGCAUGGGGCUUCGAUUUGGUCAAAUCCAAACAAGACUUGGAUUAGCUUCAAUCCUUAGAAAUCAUCGCGUACAUUUGAGCGAAAAGACAAUCCAUCCAAUUGGACUUGAUCCUAAAGAUGUUACAAUGAUGCCAAGGGGUGGAAUUUGGUUGAAGACAGAGAGACUUUAA